CUUGUUGCUAUUUUUAAAACCAAAAUGGACGAUUCGGAAGAAGAUGGGCAACUUGACAUCUGUCGAGUAUGCCGCUGUGAAGGAACAUCAGAUAAACCACUUUACUACCCUUGUGUUUGUACAGGAAGCAUAAAAUAUGUGCAUCAGGAUUGUUUGGUGCAGUGGCUUAAGUACAGCCGUAAAGAAUAUUGUGAGCUCUGCAAACACAGGUUUUCAUUUACUCCCAUUUACUCACCUGAUAUGCCGAACCGCCUGCCUAUCAAGGAUAUUGUCAGUGGGCUAGUAACAAGCAUGGCCCGAGCUGUGCGCUACUGGUUUCACUACACACUGGUAGCUUUUGCUUGGCUGGGUGUUGUACCAUUGACAGCUUGCCGUAUUUAUCGUUGUCUUUUUACUGGCUCUGUGAGUUCUCUCCUGACCCUACCUUUGGAUAUGUUAUCAACAGAGAAUCUGGCAAGUGACUGCUUCCAGGGAUGUCUGGUUGUCACCUGCACCUUGUGUGCUUUCAUCAGCUUGGUCUGGCUAAGAGAACAAAUUCUACAUGGUGGUGGGCCUGAGUGGUUUGAGCAGCUUGGUCAUGUCAAUAAUGGACAAAGAAACGUUGGCUUAGGUGGAGCUGGAGUGAACAAUUUAAACAGAAUUGGAGGGUUAGUUGGGGGACUGGAUGGGAAUGUUGCGGCCAAUCAAAAUGCACCCCAGGAAGUUGUUGAACAUGCAGUGGCAGAGAAUGAAGGUGCUAGAGAAGCCAUAGAGGAAGUGAUAGAUGAUGGAAACAAUGCCAACAAUGUUGCUGCACAAGAUGACAACAAUUGGAACCCUAUAGAGUGGGACAGGGCAGCAGAGGAAUUAACUUGGGAGAGAUUACUUGGACUUGAUGGAUCACUUGUAUUCCUGGAACAUGUUUUCUGGGUGGUUUCAUUGAAUACUCUGUUCAUUUUGGUUUUUGCAUUCUGUCCAUUUCAUAUUGGUCACUUUGUGUUAGUUGGAGCUAAACUGGACGAAAUGGUGGUUGCAUCUCACUUUGAAGGCCUGGUGACAACAUUAACUGGCUACCUUAUCAUUGCAGUUUCCCUGCUUGUAAUUUAUACCUUGUGCUCCCUGACAAGAGCUAGAAGAGCUCAGAAAAUCUUUGGCCUCUGCUAUGUUGUUGUCAAAGUGAAGCUGUUGGUUGUCAUGGAGAUUGGCGUGUUCCCUCUUGUUUGUGGAUGGUGGCUGGAUAUUUGCUCACUGUCAAUGUUUGAUGCCACACUCAAAGACAGGGAGUCCAGCUUUCUCUCCUCCCCUGGGACCUCAAUGUUCAUCCAUUGGCUGGUGGGGAUGGUCUAUGUCUUCUACUUUGCUUCCUUCAUUUUGUUGACACGAGAAGUCUUGCGCCCUGGAGUCUUAUGGUUUCUUCGCAAUCUGAAUGACCCAGAAUUUAAUCCAAUCCAGGAGAUGAUACACUUAUGUGUUUUUAGACACUUCAGGCGUUUCAUUGCCUCUGUGGUAAUUUUUGGAAGUGCUGUACUUUUAAUGUUGUGGCUGCCCAUCAAAGUGAUACGACUGAUUUUCCCAGGCUUUUUACCAUACAGAGUUGUUGUUUCCAGCGAGGCACCGGUCAGUGAACUCUCAUUGGAACUGCUGUUGUUGCAAGUUGUUUUACCAUCACUACUAGAAGCUGGCCACACAAGGGCCAUGUUGAAAAAGUUGGUGGAGGGCUGGUCUAAGGCCAUGGCAUGGUUGCUGGAUCUGAGAUCUUAUCUCAUUGGGGAUGUGUCAUUGGAUGGGGUGGAUUCUGCCAGUAUUGUAGACAGUAAUGAGCCACAUAAUGAAGCUGAUCCAAGACUAAAUAACCCUCCGCCUGCAGCUCAAGAUAUAGGAGAUGGACUCGGGGCCGCUCACCAGGCCAUGUUACAAGGUGGUGGCCCCACUGGUUUUCAACCUUACAAAAGGCCAUCAUUUUUCCCAGCAAGGAUAAUAGCUCUUGUGUUUUUAAUGUGUCUGACCUUCUUCUUUGCCAGCACCAUUUCUUUAGUGUUACCAGUGUUUCUAGGCAGACAGCUGAUGUGGCUGUGGGUGGGAGACACAAAGAUCCAUGAGCUCUACACCGCUGGCUGUGGUCUGUACAUUUGCUGGCUGUGUCUGAGGGUGUCCACUGUCAUAGCUGGCUGGUACCUACAGGGCUGGACCAUCAUCAAGGCCAAGCUCAAACUCUGGGGGCUGCUGAUGAUCAAAUCUCUGAUGAUGGCUGUGGUCCUGUUAGUCAUCAUUCCUUUGUUGCUGGGAUUGCUCUUUGAUGUUAUCAUUGUAGCUCCUAUGAGAGUACCUUUAGAUCAGUCACCCAUCUUUUUCCCUUGGCAGGACUGGGCUUUAGGGGUACUUCACAUGAAAAUUCUAACAGCAGUUGUUAUGAUGGGCCCACAGUGGUGGCUGAAGCGGGCAAUAGAAAGGGUAUACAAUGAUGGUAUGAGGAACUUAAACAUGAGGUUCAUCAUGGUGGAAAUCUGCCUGCCUGUAUCCACCUGCUUGGGCUUGGCUUUAGCUGUUCCUUAUGUCAUUGCUUACAGCAUUGUUCCUGCUUUGGGUGUAAGUUUUGAAACCCAGACACUUGUUGUACGAAGAAUCUACCCAUUUGUCCUCAGCAUGAUUGUAUGCACUGCUAUGUUAAUGUUUCAAAUUCGCCAGUUCCGCAGACUUUAUAAUCAUAUUAAAGAUGACAAAUAUUUAGUUGGUCAGCGUCUAGUCAACUAUAUCCAUCAUGCAACAAGUCAGGACAAAAACCAUCAUGUGGACACAACAUCGUGAUGUGCUCCAAUGUUCAUUGGCUCUGUUGUAUGUGUGGUUGUGUGUGAGGUUGUGUGUGUGGUAGUGUACUGAAUGUGGACACAACAUCGUGAUGUGCUCCAAUGUUCAUUGGCUCUGUUGUAUGUGUGGUUGUGUGUGAGGUUGUGUGUGUGGUAGUGUACUGAAUGUGGACACAACAUCAUGAUGUGCUCCAAUGUUCAUUGGCUCUGUUGUGUGUGUGGUAGUGUGUGUGCGUGCUAAUGUAUUGAUUGCUUGAGUGUUAAUUUAGUGUACAAGUAAGAUCUUUAUGACUGUAUAUAAUAUAUAUAUAUAUAUCUUGACCUUUUAAGCUGAGUUCCUAGGGGUAUGUUGUGUACAUAACUUUGCUAUUUUUGCUGAAGUAAUUUGAAGUUCUAUUCCAGGUUUUCUGUUGGUUUAAACUUGUAGAUCUAUAUAUCUAUUUCUGCCACCAAAAAAAAAAAGCUUAUACUUAAUUACAAAUUUAUUUUAACAAAUGUUGCUGCUACAAUAUGUAAUUACUUUAUUAUCAAGACUAACUGAAGUUUGGUGGUGGAUGGUCUCAACAGACAGGAUUGACUGAACAGGGUGAAUUUCCUUGUCAGUAAGGGAAUAUCAUUACACCAAGUUGAUUCCUUUCUAAUUUUAACAUUUAAUAAAUAGUAAUUGGUUUUUUUUAAACUGAUGCUGGAAUUCUUUUUGCUAAAUAUGUUUGAACAAUUAUCACUGGGGUGCUAGUAUUAGCUCUCUAUUCCCACCCUGAUUUGGGGGGUGAAAUUAUUUGACUCAAAUCAAUAUAGGUGGUGGAGGUUUUUAAUUUAGUCUAAUAUGUUGUAGGUUAUGUUUAAUUUUAUUUAAGUGUUGCAAACAUGGGAUACAAUGGCUGUGCUAUUUUAGCCAGCAAGGUAAGCAUGCAAUAAUUCAGGUUGGAUUUUGAUGAAAUUUUACACCUUCUGGGAAGGUAAUGAGGAACAGUUUAUUCCAGAAAAAACCUGUGAAGAAUCUUGCCUCAGAUGUUAGCAUUUAAAGUUAGUUAAUGCACCUUUAAUGGGCUCAAAUUAUUUCUAGUAUAAGCUGAGAUCAUUUUUGCUAAUAUAAAACUAAGAUUAUAUCAGCUCGUACAGAGCUGAACCAUUUUACUGUGAAUGUGGUGAGAAUCAAAUGAUUUGUUGUAGUCUAGGCUGUGCUUCAGAAUGUAUAUAGAUUUUAAAAAUUUAAACCUUAAAAAAUCAACUUUAGAGUAUAAAAAUGUUUGUUUAUAAUUUUAAAUAAUAAGUGUCAGGGAGUCCUCUAAUUGCGAUAGAAUCAUAUUAGCAAGUUAUUUUUUUUGUCAGUAACAAUGUUAACACUUAAGUUCAAAUUUUAAUAACCCAAUAGUAUAUCUUGUUUGUUUAUUUAAAGAAAAUUAUCACAAAUAUUUUACUUUGGGUUUUAAUUUAUAUUUUUAUGUCAAAUAUUUAAAUGUAUUUGUUUUAAAGUGAUACAAAUGGUAUUAACCAGUUCUGAAUUUAUAACUUUUUAUGUUCCAUAAUGCGAGUUUUUCUUGUAAAGCACACAUAUAUGACUGUUUUAAAAUAUUAGACAUACUUCUUUUCAGUUCUGUUCUUUAGCUUUUUGUGUUUAGAAUAAGUAACCUUUUUUUCAGUUGAAUAAAUUCAAUAUUUUUAUAAUGGUAUAAAUACCAGUUUGUACCACACAUGAAAUUGAACAGUAAUUAGAUCAAGUGGCUGUAAACUGUAAUGUCUGUAUCUCAUAGAUGUUUUAUAAAAUAUUGGUUAAGCUAAUGAGAAUGGGACAAAAUUGUACUUGAGAUGUUUUAUAAAACAUUGAUCAGAAUGGGACAAAAUUGUACUUGAGAUGUUUUAUAAAACAUUGAUCAGAAUGGGACAAAAUUGUACUUGAGAUGUUUUAUAAAACAUUGAUCAGAAUGGGACAAAAUUGUACUUGAGAUGUUUUAUAAAACAUUGAUCAGAAUGGGACAAAAUUGUACUUGAGAUGUUUUAUAAAACAUUGAUCAGAAUGGGACAAAAUUGUACUUGAGAUGUUUUAUAAAACAUUGAUCAGAAUGGGACAAAAGUGUACUUGAGAUGUUUUAUAAAACAUUGAUCAGAAUGGGACAAAAUUGUACACUUGUUUUGCCAUCCUUUAGUUGUCCCCUCCCACGCCAGACACUGUCAAUUAAUUUGUCAAGAAAGAUUUUUUGUGUUUUCUGUUUUGUUCUUUAGCCUCAGCUAGACAAGCCAUCUUCAUCAAUUCCAGGAGCUGCAGAAUUCUUUACUGUGAUUGUAGAUACAUUCAUUUACAUAAUAUUUAUAACUUUAUUUGUAUGAAUGCUUUUUAAGCUAGAAAAAAGUGAAAAAGUAGUUUUUUUUAGUGAUGACUUUAUUUUACAUUUUGAUCUGCACUUUAACUUUAAAGACCAUUGUUACAAAUCUUGUGUUACUUUCCUUUCCAGCAAUUUUACUUCUUUCAUUCUCGCAUUUUUUAAGUUAUAAAAAAUGGAAGCAUUAAACAAACUAUAUUUAGUUUUUCCACCUCUCUUGUUUUUUCAAUUAGUGUUUUAUUCAGAACAGUCUAUAUAUGAUGUGUAUUCAGGGGUAAAAAUUUUCACCUGUCACAUAGCAGCGAUAAGUAGCACAAAUACAGCUAUCUUUAUAUGGUAAUGUUAUAUUUAAUGAGUGCUGUUCACUUUGAUUUUCCCUUUGCUUUAAACAUUGUUGUCUAAAUUGAACAGUUUUAACACUAUUGGUCUGUUAAAGAAAUGUACUGUAUGUUACUUAUGAGUAAAAUUAAAACAAUUUGAUGAUCCA